CAGUUCAUUUGCGCCUCUCGAAGUCCCUCUUUUUCUCUCUCGCGCCCGCUCCCUCUACUUUCUUUCUUCCCCCCCAAAAACCCUAGCCCCCAUCCAAAACCCUAGUUUCGCUUCUCCCCUCGCCGCAGCAGCAUAAUCCAUGGAGUUCUGGGGAGUGGAAGUUAAGGGUGGAACACCUCUGGAAGUAAGGGUUGAGGAAGACACUGUGAUUCAUCUUUCACAGGCAUCGCUUGGCAAGUCAAAGAACAAAUCUGAAUCUGUGCCUCUGUAUGUUGAGUUGGACGAUCGGAAGAUUUGUCUUGGAACUCUUUCCCAUCAGAAUUUCCCUCAGAUACCAUUCGAUUUAGUAUUUGAAAAGGAUUUUCUGCUCUCUCACAGCUGGAAAAAUGGGAGUGUGUACUUCUGUGGUUAUAGAUCUCCCAUGCCAGAGGAAGGAUAUCCUUUUUUAUUUUUUUGAGGAUUAGAUGAUUUAACACUAUUUUAGGUUAAGAGAGGUUCUUCCACGAGUGGUUAUACUUUAUGUUAGACUUUUGAGUUUGACUAUCUAUCUUGGUUUAAUUUAAACUAGGGUGGUAGGACAUUGACACUACAAUUGGGACUUAGAAAUAGGUCCUUGUGUUUCAAGUUGGGGGUUUUGUUGAAGUUUUAGGUUUGCGUAGCCUGUAGUGCUCUGUGAUAUGACAGUGCUAAAAAAAUACUUUUUAAUUAGCAAAGCUUGUUGGUAGAACUGUAAUGUGUUAAGGUUGAGAUUUGGGAGCUUAAUUUUAUCAUCCUUUUAUGUCUUAAAAGAACUUUUGAAUGUCAUCUUUUGCUUCCCUGACCUGUUUUCUUCUUUUGCCACUAAUUAUUCAACUGAAGAAGAGAGUGAGGAGGAGGAGGAAAUGCCCUUGGUUGCGGCAGAAAAUGGUAAGCCCAAGCCAGAGGAAGAAAAUGAAAAAUCAGUUAAGGCUAAUGCUGCUAAACCCGAUUCUGCAAAACAAAAUGUCAAGAUAGCGGAGCCAAGCAAGGAUCAGAAAUCUGAGGAUGAUGAUGAAGAUGAUAGUGAGGAUGAUGAUGAUUCUGAAGAUGAAGACGAAUCUUCAGGAGAGGAGAAUAGUGAUGAGAUGUCUUUCGAUGAGAGUUCAGAUGAGGAGGGUGAAGAGACACCUGUUAAGGCUGAAGCGAGCAAGGAUGCAGGAAAAAAGAGACCUAAUGAAUCUCCAACAAAAACACCCCAAGCAAAAAAGGCAAAAUCAGCUACUCCUGAGAAGACAGACGGUAAGAAGGGUGGGCACACUGCAACUCCUCACCCAGCAAAACAGGGUGGGAAAGCUGCUGCACAGACUUCUAAAUCUGGUGGUCAAGUCAAGUGCAAUUCUUGUAGCAAGACAUUUAACUCUGAGCAAGCCCUGCAAUCUCACUCUAAGGCCAAGCAUAGCAGCAAGUGAGCUGGAUUGUUGUCUGUGGUGGAGAUGCUGUUUUGGUUAUUUUCAACCAUAUUUACCAUCUAGAGUGGCUGAUUUUUCUUUGUUUUAGUUGUAUUUUGAUGGAGUAUUUGAAAUUUUUAAUGCAUAUUAAACUUAAGUGCUUUAAGUUGAAGGUUUAAGGUUCUAUCAUAGAGUUAUUCCUUCUAAAUUCCAUCUUUGUGAAAUCUUAGAAUUUAUUUAAAUGAAUUUUCCUGUGUAACAUGUGAAGGGGAGGAACAUUGUGUUGCUUGUUCCUUUUUCACCAAAAAUUAUCAACAAUUCACCAUUCUUGUGUCUCUCCAUGCACACUCUUCACAAUCGGAAAAGGUAGGAAUAAAAAAGAGUCAAAUGU